AUGGGCUCCGUCGAUACCUCCCUGCACCCCCAUACGUCGGGCCGCGCUGCUCGCUUCGCGGAAGCACAUUCCUCUCCAAACCCACUGAUCCUCUACGGCGGUUGGUUUUGUCCCUUCGUCCAGCGCAGCUGGAUUACCAUCCAUGAGAAGAACAUCCCGCACCAAUAUUUCGAGAUCAACCCGUACCACAAAGAUCCCGAGUUUCUCAAAUUAAACCCUCGUGGUUUGGUCCCGACCCUCGCCGUUCCUCUUGACAAGGAUGGCAAGGACCAAAAGCCCCUCUACGAAAGUUAUGUGAUCUGCGAGUACCUGGACGAAGUAUACAACGACCCUUCUAAGAACGGACCUGAUCUGCUGCCCAGAGAAGACGCCUAUUUGCGUGCAAAAUGCCGGAUUUGGAUCGAUCACAUCUCAACGAGGAUUGUUCCCGCCUUCUACCGUUUCAUGCAACAUUCAGAUUCAAAAUCAUAUACCCUCGAUGAAGCGCGAACGGAAUUCCUCAACCAUAUCAAGACCUUCAUCAAAGAAUGCGAUUCGCAGGGACCAUUCUUUUUGGGGGAGAGAUUCAGCCUUGUGGACAUCAUGCUCGCGCCUUGGCUAUGCAGGAUGUUUCUUUUUGAUGUUUACAAAGGCGGAGUGGGUGUGCCUGAGGAAGGGAAGGGAGGCGAUGACGAAGAAGUGUGGCAGAGAUGGAGGAAAUGGGCAAAAGCAGUGGGUGCAAGGGAGAGCGUGUUAGAUACCUUGAGUGAAAAGGAUCAAUACGUCGAUGCGUACCGGAGAUAUGCGGAGGAUACCACGCAGAGCGAGGUUGCGAAGGCCACGAGGUCGGGAAGAGGCUUGCCAUAG